GUCCUAACAACUACUUUCUUUCCUUCUUUCAUUUUCCGCUUGAAGUUUCUUGCUUUGAGUGAGAAAAAUGAAAGUAAGGACUUUCUUCUCUGCUCAUUCUCGUGCAUCUCUGCAAAACCCAAAUCUCAAAUUUCUUUCUUACCCUCAAAAGUCUCAAUCUUUUGCCUCACAUUUUCCUCAGUUUAAGUUUUCUCGGUUUCCUUCUGGGAAAAGUUUGAAUCUUUUCAUCAGGAGGACUCAGAUCCAGGAGGUUGUCGGUUAUGAUGUUGAAAUCAGUAGCAAGAGUAGUAUGGGUGAUGGGAAUGUUUCCUGUGUUCCCUUGGCCAUGGGGGAAACCGUGGAAUGUGAAAAACAGGAUAAUGUACUGGAGGUUAAAAAUCAGGGUGUAUGGGGCCAAAUGAAGGAGAUAUUGAUGUUCACUGGACCGGCCACGGGGCUUUGGAUCUGUGGGCCUUUAAUGAGUCUGACACACACGGCGAUCAUUGGCCAAGGAAGCUCGCUUGAGCUCGCUGCUUUAGGCCCUGGAACAGUUCUUUGUGAUUACAUGAGUUAUGUAUUCAUGUUCCUUUCUGUUGCUACAUCAAAUCUGGUUGCCACCUCACUUGCUGGAAAGGAUACAAAAAAGGUGCAGCAUCAAAUAUCCGUCCUGCUUUUUGUUGGCUUGGCCAGUGGCUGCUUCAUGCUUUUCUUUACAAAAUUCUUUGGCUUCUGGGCACUAACUGCUUUUACGGGGCCACAUAAUGCACAUAUUGUCCCAGCAGCAAACACAUAUGUUCAGAUUCGAGGCUUGGCAUGGCCUGCAGUUAUUGUUGGAUGGGUUGCUCAAAGUGCAAGUCUUGGCAUGAAAGAUUCUUGGGGACCCUUGAAAGCCCUGGCAGUUGCUUGUGCCAUAAAUGGCAUUGGUGAUAUAGUACUUUGCAAUGUAUUAGGCUAUGGUAUAGCUGGUGCAGCUUGGGCAACAGUGCUGUCACAAGCUGUUGCAGCUUACAUGAUGAUUGACGCUCUAAACAGGAAAGGAUAUAAUGCAUUUGCUAUAUCCAUUCCAUCACCCAAUGACCUUCUAACAAUUUUCAAGCUCUCUGCUCCAGUCUUUAUAAUGAUGAUGUCUAAGGUGUCUUUCUACGCUCUCAUGAUCUAUUUUGCUACCUCUAUGGGCACACAUACUGUGGCAGCUCAUCAGGUCAUGAAUCAAACAUACAGUUUAUUUACAGUAUGUGGUGAACCUCUCUGCCAAGCUGCACAAUCAUUCAUGCCUGAGCUGAUGUACGGACACAACAAGAGUUUGCCAAAGGCUCGAAUGCUGCUGAAAUCACUUGUUAUCAUUGGAGUUAUCAUAGGACUGGUCUUAGCAGUUAUUGGAACAUCUGUUCCUUUGUUAUUUCCUUGUAUCUUCACACGUGACCGGAGUAUCAUACAAGAGAUGCACAGGGUGCUGAUACCAUACUUUAUUGCUAUAGUCGUGACACCAUCCACUCUUAGCCUUGAGGGAACAUUGCUGGCAGGGCGGGAUCUUAAGUUUCUCGGCUUCUCCAUGAGUGGAUGCUUCUCUUUGGGUGCUCUUGUAUUGCUGCUUGUAAGCAGCAGCACAACAUUUGGUUUGCCAGGCUGCUGGUGUGCACUUGCAGGAUUUCAAUGGGCUCGAUUUUUCCUCUCUGUGCAACGGCUCCUUUCACCUGAUGGCAUACUUUUUUCCCAAGACUUCAGCCGUUUCAAACUGGAGAAGCUCAAAGCUGCUUAAUAUAUUGCAGUACGAGAAGAAUAUUUGAGCAUGCUUCAUGCUCAAAAGGAUGAAGUGGAUUUAGUUUCUGAAAGAUAAAUACAUCUUAAUCCUUCUUUGGCGCCUCAAAUGCAGCUAUGAGCAAAAAUACCACGAUAUCUUGCUCAUGUAUUUCCUUUUUCACCAUCCAAUGUUACAAUUCUAUAUUUUAUAAUAAGAUUUUGUUUUAAAA